CAACGGUACCAUCGACCGCCAGGCCCUCUACAUGUUCGGCUACCAAGCCCACUAUGAACUCAGCGCCGUCGGCAAGGCCUUCACCAAGAACUUCUUCGAUCUCGGCUCCUCCAAACUCUACGCCUACUACCAGGGCUGCUCCGAAGGUGGCCGCGAGGGCUGGUCCCAAGUCCAGCGCUUCGGCGAGGAAUGGGACGGCGCUGUCAUCGGCGCCCCUGCCAUUCGCUACGGCCAGCAGCAGCCCAACCACCUCUACCCUGGUCUCGUCGAAUACACCAUGGGCUACUAUCCCCCGCCCUGCGAGCUUGAGAAGAUCAACAACAUGACUAUUGCCGCCUGCGACGCCCUCGACGGCAAGAAGGAUGGGGUCGUCGCCCGCACCGACCUCUGCAAGCUGCAUUUCAAUGUUAACUCCACCAUCGGCGCCCCCUACUACUGCCCCGCCGAAACCACCACCACUGUGCUCAAGAAACGUCUCUCCACCAGCAACACCACCCCAGCCCAAAAUGGCACCGUCACCAAAGAAGGCGCCGCCGUCGCCGCCAAGAUCCUCGAUGGCCUGAAGACCCUUGACGGCAAGCGUGCCUACAUCUGGUACCAGCCCAGUGCGACUUUCGACGAUGCCGAAACGCAAUACAACUCCGACACUGACUCCUGGGAACUGGACAUCACCUCCCUCGGCGGCGAAUGGGUUGCCAAGUUCCUCGAACUCUACGACGUCGACAACCUCUCCACCCUUGACAACGUCACCUACGAUGUCAUGACGAAAUGGAUGACUCUGGGCUGGCAACGCUACGAAGACGUCCUGCAAACUACCUGGCCCGACCUGACCCCGUUCCACUCCAACGGCGGCAAGAUCAUCCACGUCCACGGUGAAUCGGACCCCAGUAUCCCCACCGGCUCCUCGGUCCACUACCACGAAUCCGUCCGCAAAACGAUGUACUCCUCCCUCUCCUUCAACGAGUCCUCCGACGCCCUGAACGACUGGAACCGUCUGUACCUUGUCCCUGGUGCUGCACACUGCUCGUACAGCACGGACCAGCCCAAUGGCGGCUGGCCGCAGAGUACGCUGCCUACGUUGUUUGAUUGGGUGGAGAACGGCCAGAAGCCGGAUCGCUUGAAUGCUACGGUCCAGGAGGGUGAGAACUAUGGUCAGGUUCAGCAAUUGUGUGCUUGGCCGUUGAGACCUUACUUCGUGAACAACGGGACCGAAUUGACUUGUGUCUUUGAUGAGGAGUCGUACCAGACUUGGGUGUAUGAUUUCGAUGCUUAUGACCUGCCGCUGUACUAGGUGUCUGGGAAGCAGUUAGUUGGAUGAGGGGGUGGGUCUAGUGACUAUAUUGUGUACUAUAUAUGUCUGAGUGAGAUCUCUGCCUUUGUAGUAUAAUGUAUAUAUCACAAUAGUAGUAU